AUGUUCGCCCUCUCUUCUACCCGUGUCGUCAUCGCCUUGGCUGCUUUGGCCUCUGUGGCUUCCGCGGCGAGUAUUCAGGAAAAGCGCCAGACUCCAGUGACCUGCACCUCAGGCACUCCUGAAUGCUGCACAAUCGUUACCUCUGAUCUCUCGACGUUGGAUCCGCUUCUUCUCUCAUUCCUCGAGCAACUAGGUUUAACCGAUGACACCCCUAUCGGAGCCGGCUGUGUUGCUCCCACUGGGACCACCUGUGCCUCUGGGCUCACGGGUGCUUGUUGUGCGGAUAUAACCUCCGUCCUCGGUUUCGGAUUGAUCGGCACCGGCUGUGGUCCCUCGUCCACUUGA